CCCCGCACGGCCCCCAGCCCCGCCGCCGAGACCCCCCGGCUUUCACGACGCCGCUCUUCGCCCAAGGGGCCGCGCUGACAGCGGCGCAUCCCGCGGUGGGGCGGCGGACACAUCCCGGCGGCACGGAGGGCACAUCCCCGCGAGUACGGGCGGCUGCAACCCCGCGGCGCGGCCGGCCGGGGCUGCCCGGGGGGCUCCCCCACCCCGCCCGUGUGCCGGGACGGCGGGGGGCGGGGAAAGGGGGGGCCGGGCCAGCGCCGCCGCCGCUGCCGCCCGGCUCCGCCUCUCCCGCCGCAGCGCUCAGUCCUGGAGCGCCGCUCGGCUGCCAGAAGGAAGCCGCCACCUGCUCCGGUGCGGAGUCGCUCCUCGCUGCGCGCCGAGAGGGAGAGCAGCCGCCCCGCCGCCCGCGCCCGGGAAGUUACCGCUCCUCCCGCCGCCGGGGGAAAGCCGCCGCCGCCGCUUCCCGGCCUCGCAGAGGGAGAAGUCGCCGCCCCGCUCCGCUGCGAGAGGGAAGAGCCCCCGCGGGCGCGCCGCCCCGCUCCGCCGCUGCCUCCCGGUCCCGCCGCGGGCAGGCGGGAUGAUGGAGCCCCCCGCCGCCGCCGCCUGCGCCUCCUGCCGCCGCCGCCCGCUGCCGCCGCCCCUGCUCUGCCUCCUGCUCGCUGCUCUCUGCCUGCCGCCAGCUCUGGGAUUGUACACAGUAAAUGCAAUAUAUGGAGAUACCAUAAUUAUGCCUUGUCCUCUAGAAGUACCAGAAGGUCUUAUGUUUGGAAAAUGGAAAUAUGAAAUGCCAAAUGGAUCUCCAGUAUUUAUUGCCUUCAGAUCAUCAACAAAAAAAAGUGUACAGUAUGAUGAUGUACCAGACUACAAAGACAGGUUGAGUCUCUCAGAAAACUAUACAUUAUCCAUCAAGAAUGCAAGAAUCAGUGAUGAAAAGAGAUUUGUAUGUAUGCUAGUUACAGAAGAUGACGUUUCCGAAGAGCCGACGAUAGUCAAAGUUUUCAAACAACCCUCUCAACCAGAAAUCUUACAUCAAGCAGACCUCUUAGAAACAGAGAAGCUACAAAUGCUUGGGGAGUGCGUUGCAAGAGAUAGUUAUCCUGAAGGCAAUGUUACGUGGUACAAAAAUGGGAGAAUUUUGCAGCCCGUGGAAGAUGUUGUGGUUAUAAAUUUGCAGAAGAUUGUGGACAGAUCAACUGGACUCUUCACCAUGACGUCAUCUCUUCAGUACAUGCCAACAAAGGAAGAUGCAGAUGCCAAGUUUUCUUGCAUUGUGACUUAUUAUGGACCAUCUGGCCAGAAAACAAUACAGUCUGAACCAAUUGUCUUUGAUGUUCACUAUCCAACAGAGAAGGUGACUAUUCAAGUGCUGUCACAAAGUAGGACCAUUAAAGAAGGCGAUAACAUCACUCUGAAAUGCUCAGGAAAUGGCAACCCUCCUCCACAGGAGUUCCUGUUUUACAUUCCAGGAGAAACAGAAGGUAUAAGGAGCUCAGAUACUUACGUAAUGACAGAUGUCAGGCGGAAUGCAACAGGAGAAUACAAAUGCUCUCUGACUGACAAAAGCAUGAUGGAUUCAACCACCAUCACUGUGCACUAUUUGGAUUUGCAGCUUACUCCUAGCGGAGAAGUCACAAAACAGAUUGGAGAGGCCCUGCCUGUGUCAUGCACAAUUUCUUCUAGUAGAAAUGCAACUGUGUUUUGGAUAAAGGACAAUACCAGAAUGCAAACAAGUCCAUCAUUUUCAAGUCUUCAGUAUCAAGAUGCUGGAAACUACGUCUGCGAAACUACUCUACAGGAGGUCGAAGGAUUAAGGAAAAGACAGACACUUAAACUUAUUGUGGAAGGAAAACCUCAAAUCAAAAUGACAAAGAAAACCAACACAAAUAAAAUGUCUAAAACAAUUAUCUGUCAUGUGGAAGGUUUCCCCAAACCAGCAGUGCAGUGGACAGUUACUGGUACUGGAAGCAUCAUAAAUAAAACAGAGGAAACAAAAUAUGUUAAUGGGAAAUUUGCCAGUAAAAUUAUAAUUGCUCCUGAGGAAAAUGUGACUUUAACUUGCAUUGCAGAAAAUGAGCUAGAAAGGACUGUGACCUCCAUGAAUGUCUCUGCUAUAAGUAUUCCAGAAUAUGAUGAGCCAGAGGAUAGAACUGAUGACAAUAGCGAAAAGGUUAAUGACCAGGCAAAGCUAAUAGUGGGAAUUGUGGUCGGUCUUCUGCUGGUUGCCCUGGUUGCAGGUGUUGUCUACUGGCUCUAUGUGAAGAAAUCAAAGCCAGCAGUUCAUAGUUAUUUUUUAAACCCACCCUUGAACAGUAACUCAACUAAUCUCUAUCCCCAAAGUGACGCCAAAGGAAAGUCUGAGAAGGCAGCAGCACAGAACUUUGCAAGUCUGCCGAGGACAGCAUCAAAACAUGUAGACAAAGAUCUUGGAAAUAUAGAAGAAAACAAAAAACUAGAGGAAAACAAUCAUAAAUCUGAAACUUAAGAGAAAGUGUGUCAGUCAUCAUUCCAGAGAAUACAUAUAGACCAAUUGAAGCAUGAACGUGGAUUGUAUUUAAACAUAUACAAAGAAGUGACAGCUAUUCAUGGUUCAAGUAUUAAGCAGAUCAUACUACCAAGUUUUCAAAGGAUUUUAGACAUAAUUAUCUCAAGAUAAAAAAACCCCACAAACUAAUUUUGGCAACAGCCAUGAUAAUAGGUCACCAUGUUGUGUUCUGUUCGAAAUAUUUUUUUGUAAAUGUCUGCACUGAAGAUUUCUUUUUGUUUGCCUUUAUGUAAAUUUUUUACGUAGCUAUUUUUAUACACUGUAAGGCUUUGUUCUGGGAGUUGCUGUUAAUCUGAUGUAUAGUGUAAUGGUUUUUAUUUCAAUUGUUUUUAUGACACCCUUUGAGCAGGUACAUGUCUAGUUCUGGUUGUUUUCAGUGAAGCCUCUGGUUUGUAGCAAGUACCUACAGUGUAAGAUUGUCUUAAAGGAAAAUGUCAAACUCCUUUUUCAUUCUUUGAAGUCAUGAUAAAGCAGAAGGGUGACAGCUGUGACAAGAAUAAACUAAGAUGUUAAUGAAAGUGAAUGUUUAAAAAACAAUGCAAAGCUAAACAAGCCAGAAGGGGAAUAAAGAGGUUCCCUGAAGAAGUCUGGGUAUUAAGCAAGGAACACUAUGAAAAAUUCCUAGCCUACAUACAGACGGUGGCUAAUAAUCCUUUCCUUCUAGAGCAAGACACGCAUUUUAUUGAUCAUUAUGAGUCGUCUUUCAUGUUAGCAUUAGGAUAAGGAACUGGAAUUCUGGGUUAUUUUUGAUUCCUUUAUGUUAUUCGCUGCCUUAAAGUACUGUAAAUUGUCAUUUCAAAGAGAUACCAGUCAGAAUUGGAACCUUUUUUAAAAAAGUGGUCAUAUCAAAGCUGCAUUUUUUUCCCACAAAAAUAGAAUAUAUAUAUUUUUUGUGUGUUUUUGUUAACUAUGCUACAGAUAUUGAAUGCACCUUGAGAUAAUUUUAGUGUUUUUAACUGGUACCUAAUUUAUCAAACAGUACAUAUAAUUGUAACAAUGAAAUGUCUAUGUAUCUUUAGUUACAUUCAAGUUUGUAACUUUAUAAACAUGUUUUUUGCUUGAGGGAAUUUUUAGAAUGGUACUUGAUAAGAGAAGGUUUUAGGGUGAAUGGCCAAAAGGAAGUCGUACUUAAGGGAGAUGUUUCAAUUUAUCCAGAAGGUUAGUUUCUGGAAGACAGUAACAGGCAUCUUUGAUGGAAGGAAAGAGCAGAUUAAGCAGAACAUCAGGUUUCCAUUUACAAAUAUCCAGGGAAAAAGUAAGUUUUUAUAGACUGGUAGGCAAAAAUAAAUAAAUAAAUAAAUAGAUAAAUAAAUAAAUAAAUAAAUAAAUGAAAAAGAUGGACGUUAGGAAAUGUAUUUUGCCACUUUUGCAUUAUUUAGGGGGAAGAAAACACUGUUACUUGUAAAUUUGUAAAAUGUUAAAUGUCUGGGCAGUAGUGACUGAUGUCUUAAUAAAAGCUUCCUGUAGUGCAUUGGCAUGGAUUAAAUACAUAAGAUGUCCUAUAAACUCUAUGCUGUAUAAAAUAUUAGAGGGAAAUCCUGUUAUAUGCCUCUAAACUUUAAUUUGUUACUGUUUUAUUUGGCAAAAAAGAAAAAAAAAAUUAUAAUCUUGGUCAAUAUUUAAACCAAAGUAAAAUGGGGGAAAAACCAAAGUAAUUUGUUUUGCAUGGCUAAGCCAUUCUGUUAUCUCUGUAAAUAUUGUGAUUUUUUUCUUUUUAGAAUUUUGUUAAAAAAAUUCUAAAAUUUUUAAACACCUCUUUUUCCAAAAUAAAACGUGAACACACAAAAAAGUUACUUUAUAUAUAAAUAUAUCUUUUUCUUUUGGUGCGAGAACACUGCCAAGUGAUAUACGUUUUUUAAAAGAAAAAAACAAAUUCAGUGGGCAUGACUCUAAAUGGGAAAAGUUGUAACAGAGUCCUGUGAAGGAGUGUGCAAAUAUCACCUGUCUUUGUUUAUAACACUACAAAUAGUUCUUAAAUACAGAGAGGAAACUUCCAAAGAUAGGGAAACUUCCGAAGGGAAAGCAUAGGGAAGGGCUGAAAAUUUUCAUACCACUGUCAGGGGAAUACAGGGCAAAGGAGAAGAAAAAAAGUCCUUCAGCUUCCACAGCUACAGAAGAAGGAAUAAAACCAACUCCUCGCCUUUUGGGAUUCUGCUAGAUCUCCUAUGCACUUUAAAUCGUCAGUCCUAGGAGCUGGGCUUUUCACUGCUCCGAGUUCACUAUAGGCAAGUUUCAAGAACCAAGAGUGCAAAAGAAUUAAUGUUUCUAUCCAUGCCUAAACAACAAUAAAACUGAAGUAUGUCUUCA